AUGUCUUUAAUAAAUGUCCAUCCUCCUAAAACGUAUUUCGGUGUGGGAGACAUUCAAAAUUCAUUGGGUUCUCUUCCUGGAUUCCCAUGGGCAAAAUAUCCCGGAGAAAAACAUCUCCCAGGGCACAAUUAUACAGGUCCAGGCACUAGGUUAGAUCUGCGUUUAGACGAAAAUGAUAUUCCCAAACCAGGGGAAGAACCCGUUAAUAGAGUUGACGCAGCAGCGCUCAAACACGACAUACUGUACAGAAAUAAAGACGUAACAUUCAGACACCAAGCAGACAAACAAAUGAUAGACGAACUCGAAAAUAUUCCCAAUCCCACUUUCAAAGAGAAAUUACAGAGGGCUCUUAUCAUAAAACUCAUGAAGGCAAAAUUGAAAUUGGAUACGUUGAAACAACAAUUGACUGCUUUGGAUACUAAAAUCACGGACGAAUUAGAAAAAGAAGUGGGUGUGAUUAAAAACUUUCUUCAAAAUAAAUUUCGAGAUGAUAUGAAAAAUUAUAUUAAAGAACAGGUCAAUCUUUUGGUAUCUAGAAUUCAUGACGAUUUUUUGACACAAGAGAAAAAGUUGAGCAAAUUAGAAGCUAUUGUCACGGACAAAUCGUAUUAUUUCAAUCUUCCAUUCGAAAGUGACACUGUCUUCGAUAGAAAAGACCAAAUUUAUAAAUCAAACAAAUACGGAUUCAAAGCAGAAAUAAAAGUAGGUACUCUCGUAUACGGAGAACCUAAAAACGUAUUCGAUAUUGGCGAAAAGCAAGAGUUUACUUUUCGAGGUAAUUGUCUGAUUCAAAUAGAGUUUCCCAUGAAGGUUAAAGUCAAAAAAGUAGUCUUCAAACAAGGCGGUAGGGCCGUCAAACAUAUUUCAUUAUUCAAUGAUGGUAAUUUGGAAGAGAAUAUACGUUUGAUUGAUAUAAGGAAUCAGGAAAUUGAAACGAAAAAUGGAAGUAGAAAAUAA